AGUCCAGUAAAGCUAUUGACAGUUGUACUUCUCCAACAAGUCAGUUGCUCUGUGUGGCUGUUCCUCAGUCACUGUCUUGUACUUUUCAUUUUUGAGGACAUACGCUUAAAUCAGGAUGAAGCUACUGUGGUUUGUUUUUGGAAUCCUACUUAUUGGACAACUUGGUGAAGGUCAAAAUGAAGGUCUUGUAAAGGAGAAACUAGAGGAGCCAGCAGUGAAUGAACAGACUGAAGGUCGAGGAGAUGUUGUUAUAAAGGUAGAAGAGCCUGAGGGUCCAGGGGCAGAUGUCAGUCAACCUGAUGAUAGACAGCCAUGUGCUAUGUGGAUGGGAGGUGUUCCUGGCACACCUGGGCACAGUGGGAAACCUGGGAGAGAUGGCAGAGAUGGGCGUGAUGGACCAAGGGGCGAGAAAGGAGAUAAAGCAUCUAUUUUUGGGGUAGGUGAACCAGGUGAAAAAGGAGAUCCAGGGGAGAAGGGGGAUGUCGGCCCAGCUGGACCGAGAGGCUUUCCUGGAAACCCAGGUCUGAAAGGGACCCGUGGUGAAAGUUCACAGUCCUACCACUCGGCCUUCAGUGUAGGUCUCAGUGAAAUUGUUUCUGCCAACAACCUGCCAAUUCGCUUCAACAAGUUCUUCUAUAAUGACCAGCACCACUACGAUGAUGUUUCCGGCAAGUUCCGCUGCAAUCUGCCUGGGGUGUAUUUUUUUACUUAUCAUCUGACAGUCUACACCAAAGACGCUAAGAUCAGCCUCUACAAGAAUGACAAAGCUAUCAUGUUCACUUAUGACCAGUACCAGGAAGACAAUGUGGAUCAGGCAUCAGGAUCUAUUAUACUAAGACUGGAGGCAGGGGACGAGGUGUGGCUGCAGGUCUAUGGAGACGAGACUGUUGGUGGAGUGUAUGCAGAUAACACCAACGACUCCACCUUCUCUGGUUUCCUCCUGUAUCCCGACAUUCCUGUUCCUGCCCGGAGACGUUGAAAAUACCCUGAAUGAUUGGGAAUGAGAUCUUACUCUAAUAAAAAAAAUAGCUUUUUCAUUAUAUCUAGUGACAAAUGUUGCAGGCCUGGACUAAGAAGUGUUUUUACAUCAUUACAGUAUUGUGUGUUAAAUUUUUGCCAUACUGUAUAAGGUUUAUUUUAAUGUAACAUUACAGUAUAUAAACAAAGCAAGGUUUGUACAGUGUUCCAGUCGUCUCUGUGACAGUAUGUAUUCAAGAUUCUGGUGUGUAUUUCACUGGCCACGGUCCAGCCCCAACAGUUGUUACUGUGCGUGCAUGGGGUCCAAUUGGGGUCCAGUUUAUUUUUGUUUUAAUCGCUGCGGUCAGUGAGGGAGUAAAAGCUGUCCCUAAAACCCGCCUCUGAUAUGAUAAACUUAAAAGGGAUAGUUUACCCAAAAAUUUAAAUUCUGUUAUCAUUUAUUCACCUUCAUGUUGUGACAAACCUGUAUACAUUUAUACUGUAUACAAGGAAGAUAUUUUGAGGAAUGUUUGUAAACGAAUCCCAUUCACUUCCAUAGUAUUCUUUUUUGGAUGGAAGUGAAUGGGGUUCAUAAACGGUUUGGUUACAAACAUUCCUCAAAUUAUCUUCUGUUGUGUUCAUUAGACCAAAGAAAUGUAUACAGGUUUGUAACAACAUGAGAAUGAAUAAAUAAUGACAGAAUUUUUAUUUUUGUGUGAACUAUUCCUUUACAUUUUAAAUUUGGAAAUGAUGUUAAGUCUGAUCGAAUUGUUGUGUAUCAUCAUUGUAAUGAUUUUCGGCAACAAGUAGUUUUUGUGCUAGGAUAUAAUUCGGAACAUAUGAAUAAAUUAUUUAAUAAUAAUUUGA